UAAAGUACAAAAAGUGCAAGACGAACACAUAGCGUGUAAAGUUUGCACUGAAAAUGUUCGAAAGUUGCAAUAAAGUUUUCUGUGAUGUGUUUGAACGUUAAAUUAUAUUUACAUUGACUAACGUUAAUGCGAAUGUCAAUCUUGUGAAAAAUCGCACAGUUGAGUGUUUUGAGAUCAUAAAACAUAUUGUACGAAAAUGCAAGGACGUGACGCGGACGCAUGUCAAGGCGAAUUUUAUACUGCAGCUGCAAAAUAUUGGGAGCGUAUUCCGCCUACGAUAGAUGGGAUGCUAGGUGGUUUUGGAUUUAUCUCGCAGACUGACAUAAAAGGCUCCACGUUUUUCUUAAGAUCUCUUUUCGAGUUGAAAGAUCCACCUUCAAAAACGUUUGCCUUAGAUUGCGGUGCUGGUAUCGGUAGAAUAACCAAGAAAUUAUUAAUAAAGCAUUUUAAACAUGUGGAUCUUGUCGAGCAGAAUCCCAAAUUUCUGGAAGUAGCAAAAAUUUCUCUCGAGAAUUACUCGACUAGAAUCGGCCAGUAUUAUCCUAUCGGGUUGCAAAACUUUUGCCCUGUGGAAAACAAAUAUGGUGUUAUAUGGUGUCAAUGGGUAUUGGGACACUUGGAAGAUGACGACUUAGUAGAAUUCUUCAAAAAAUGCUCAUUGGGCUUGAAAACUAAUGGUAUACUUGUGGUGAAAGAAAAUAUCACAAACUCAAAUACCUUGCAAAUUGACAAGGAAGAUUCUUCCGUAACAAGAUCAAUGAAAAACUUGAGAUCCUUAUUUGAAAAAGCUGAUCUUGUCUGUAUCAAGGAACAACAACAGACCAAAUUCCCUCGUAGUUUAUUCCCAGUUUAUAUGUUUGCUCUUAGACCAAGGAAUCAGUGCAGAGAAUUGAUCAAUGAUGCAUGAUGUGUGAAUUAAACGUGUUGGGCAAUUUGGUUUUUUCUGAUAAUAUAUCCGUAUAUGAACGCGUUAUUUAUUAAUUAAUACUAAAUUAUUUUAGUUUUUUAGAAAUUGCAAAUUGUGCAUGUAAUAGAUAGAAUUAGAAAC